GCCCGACACGCGGACCCAACGUGUUUCCCAAACAAACCGAUUCUCCACUUCACACCAAACACCCACAAAAAUACACCUCUCUUCAUUCUAAGGAAAGAAACAGACUGGAAAUCCAAGAAAAAAAAAGAGAUUUAAAGAGAAAGAAAAGAAAGAAAAAAAAAACACAGCCAGAAUUAAAGAGAGAGAAAGAAAUGAGCGAGGAGGGGGCGAGGAACCUGCCGGGGAAGAGGCCGCAGUUCGGGGCGAGGUUCCUUAAGGAUAAGAAAAAUGUCUUUGAACAUAAUGCGUGGAUUUAGGACACACGCGAUCUUGGUCAGAUUGUUGUUGGACGUAACAAAGUGCAGGACAGACCUCUGGGGUCGGAAGCUGAGCUGUGAAGCUUGCAAAAGACAGCGGCCACCGGGAGGGGGGAGGGAACUGAAAGACUGGAGCCUUGUCUUUACGCAGAACAAUUGGGACAAUGUUGUAUGGGACGACACGCAAGAAACAGCGGCACUGGCGAAAGUACAAGAAAAUUCCGAGGUAACGCUAACUCCAGAGGAAAUCCAGAAGUUGGAAGAGGAAGCAGCACUUCACUGGGACGCCUUCUAUGGGAUCCACCAGAAUAGGUUUUUCAAGGAUCGCCACUGGCUCUUUACCGAGUUUCCAGAGCUGGCGCCACACUUAGCGCAUACGUUCCCUCGCAAGAUCCAGCCAGGGGAGGAAGCAGACUCCGACAACAUUCCAGCCAGUGCCAGCAAGGGUCAAGUGCCAGCCAAGCAGCAAUUAAGCGAAGUGGACCAAAGCCAACGCGCUGAGGGAAGUACCAGCCCAAAGAGGCAAAGCACAACGGAAGAAACGCAUCAGGUCGAACAGAGUGAAUGUAACGGAGGAAAUGGGGAUAACCCGAUAAGCGGCGCGAGGGGGGGAGGUGGAGAAGACCCCGAAAAGAGGAACGAGCUGAGGAAAGCGUUGCGAAGUGGCGAGUCUUUCCCGGGCGAGAAGUCUAGUCAUCGGGUCCUGGAAGUCGGGUGUGGCGUCGGGAAUACGGUGUUCCCGAUCCUCAAAGUGAACAAUGACCCGGGGCUUUUUAUGUACUGCUGUGAUUUUUCAAGCACGGCAGUGGACAUUGUAAAGGAGUCCCCAGACUAUGACACAGACCGUUGCAGAGCCUUUGUUUGCGACAUUACAAGUGAAGACUGGGGUGCUCCGUUCCCCAAGAACAGCCUGGACGUCAUUGUGUGCAUUUUUGUGCUGUCGGCCUUGAAUCCUGACAAGUUUGACCACACUGUGAGGACGAUGGCUGACUACCUUCGUCCUGGAGGCCUCAUCUUGUUCCGAGACUACGGCCGUUACGACUUGGCUCAGCUCCGUUUCAAGAAGGGGCGCUGCCUGUCUGACAACUUUUACAGUCGUGGAGACGGUACUCGCUGUUACUUUUUUACGCAAGAUGACAUACGAAAGCUCAUGACUGAUGCCGGCCUUGAGGAGGUACAGAACCUAGUAGACAGACGUUUGCAAGUGAAUAGAGGCAAACAGCUUACAAUGUACAGGGUGUGGGUGCAGGCAAAGUACAGAAAGCCAGUUGUUCAAGAUACACAGCAGGUUUCCACACUUUCAUGACCCACUUUUGUUUAAUGCAAAAUAGUUUUUUUUAAUGUUUCAUUGGUAAUUAUUGUUAUUUGAUGUGAUGUAAGGGGUAAUAGGGUGAAGAAAUUAAGGGGAUAUGUGAUGUGAUAGAGUGAGGGACAUAAAUGAGAAGCAUAGAAUUAUUUUUCUUAAUACUGCAUAAUGUUAAUCUGAAAAAAUCUUUGAAUUAUUUGAUGUUUGUGCUAUUUUAGGUACAUGCGAAAAAAUUAUUAAGGAACAAGGUCCAUUACCCAUAUUUAUAUCUUUUACAUAUGAUAAAUUAACUCACGUUUUUCUAAUCAAUGGAUUUUUUAAUAGUAAGAUUCAUAAAUGCAGAUCAGCAAGAAAAUAUAAGCCAUAAAGUGUUAGUAUGGAAUAAAAUGAUGCAGUGAGCAGCAAAUGCUAACUGGAACACAGAAAAAUACCUUUGAAAA